CUCAACCCUCCCUCCCCUACCGUCUGAACAAACAAGAGGAAAAGAAAAAAAAAAACAGAAGGAAAUGGCAAUUCCUUCACUUUCUCUUCUCUUCCUCUUAACCUCUCUUCUGAUCCCAACUCUCAUUUAUGCUUCCCCAGUUCAAGAUCCAGAAGUUGUAGCGCAAGAUGUGCACAGGGCAAUCAAUGCGUCAAGGAGGAACCUUGGAUAUCUCUCCUGCGGCACCGGCAACCCCAUUGACGACUGCUGGCGAUGUGACCCCAAUUGGGAGAAGAACCGCCAGAGGCUUGCUGACUGUGCAAUUGGGUUUGGCAAGAAUGCCGUUGGUGGAAGAGACGGUAAAAUUUACGUUGUCACUGACUCUGGUAACGACGACCCAGUGAACCCCAAGCCAGGAACUCUGAGGCACGCUGUGAUUCAAGAUGAACCAUUGUGGAUAAUUUUCGCUCGUGACAUGACCAUUCAAUUGAAGGAAGAACUCAUCAUGAACUCUUUCAAGACAAUCGACGGCAGGGGUGCUAGUGUUCAUAUUGCCGGAGGCCCAUGCAUUACUAUCCAGUUUGUGACCAACAUUAUUAUUCAUGGACUCAAUAUUCAUGACUGCAAGCAAGGAGGGAAUGCUAUGGUGAGGGUCCCACGGCAUUAUGGUUGGAGGACCAUAUCGGACGGUGAUGGCGUGUUCUUCUUUGGUUCUAGCCACAUUUGGGUGGAUCAUAAUUCAUUAUCAAACUGCAAGGACGGGCUGGUUGAUGCCAUCCACGGGUCCACGGCCAUCACCAUUUCGAACAACUACAUGACUCACCAUGAUAAGGUUAUGCUAUUGGGGCACAGUGAUUCCUAUACUCAGGACAAGAACAUGCAAGUCACCAUAGCCUUUAAUCUUGGAGAAGGGCUUGUCCAAAGAAUGCCAAGAUGUAGACAUGGGUAUUUCCGUGUGAACAACGACUACACCCAUUGGGAAAUGUAUGCCAUUGGAGGGAGUGCUAACCCAACCAUCAACAGCCAAGGCAACAGAUUUACUGCACCUGAUGGAUUCAGCAAAGAGGUGACCAAGCAUGAAGAUGCACCCGAGAGUGAUUGGAAGAGCUGGAAUUGGAGAUCAGAAGGCGACCUGAUGGUGAAUGGUGCAUUUUUCACCCCGUCUGGCGGCGCCUCCUCGAGCUAUGCUAAGGCUUCUAGCUUGGGUGCUAGGCCAUCUUCACUUGUGGCUACGAUAACGACCAAUGCUGGUGCACUUAAUUGCAAGAGAGGUUCUCGUUGCUGAUCGAGACAUAUGAUCGGACAACACUUUGUUACAAGUGAUGGAAGUGUGUGUCGAGUUCAAUUAAAUUUAGUUAGAGAAACCAGCAGAAAAGGAAAAAAAAAUUGAAAAAUAUGAGAAAGGCGAAGAAAAGUCUACUUAGAGGAUUUCCUUGGCUUUGUCUUCCCUCCAUAUUUUUUCCUUUUCUUUUACCAUUUUUUUUUCUACUCUAUUUUUUCUUUGUCCUUUCCUUUGUUUGUUUAUUCAACUCUGAUGAUUACAACCUCGGCCUGUUGCUCCUAGAACAUCUAGGGAUUCUUUUGUAGAAUCUUGAUGGACUAGAGAGAGCAAGUGCAGAUGUGUUGAUAUACUAAAUUUUAAUUUAUCUUUAUUAAUAUACUUUAUUAAAUCCCUC